AAAGAUUCUAACAGCUAGCAGCGGGCGUAUGGUGCUCAGUUAAACGAACGCGUAUUGCAAGCGACGAGAAGAAGUGUAACUGUUGAUCUUGCAUUCUGACUAAGAUGACAGUUCCCCGAACUCAAUGAAUCGUUUGGGAAAUUAUGUAAUUUUGGAUUUCUGUAAAUUAUUUUCAAUUUACUUAUUUCUAUGGGUUUCUCACUGAAUGAUGCUCCAAAGGAACUGCGCAAUCUAGAGGGACGUUUCUUUAAAAAAAUAUUUUAUAUUUUUCUCUCAGCGUGACCCUCUGAAAUGGAUACGUUGUAUGUUGUAAUUGAAUUGAUUAUUGCUGUUUUAUCAAUCGCUGGGAAUGUUUUGGUCUGCUGGGCCGUUGCCACCAACACGACCCUGAAGAACGCCACGAAUUAUUUCUUGGUUUCUUUAGCCGUGGCAGACAUCCUGGUUGGUUGUUUAGCCAUCCCUUUUUCCAUCACAAUCAGCAUUGGUCUGCAGUCUGACUUCUACGGUUGCCUUUUCUUAGCAUGUUUUGUUCUGGUGCUCACCCAAAGCUCAAUUUUUAGUUUACUUGCGGUAGCCGUUGACCGGUACUUGGCAGUUAAAAUGCCGCUCAGGUAUAAGGAAGUGAUGACAGGGAGGCGAGCCCGCGAGAUCAUCGCCCUGCUCUGGGUCCUGUCUUUCAUUAUUGGGCUUAUCCCCUUCCUGGGGUGGAACAAAAAAGAUUUGGUUUGCCAGGGGCCUGCCAACGAGAGUGUCGCAGGGAACGGCAGCAGUCGGAGCUGCCGGCUGACCUGCUACUUCGAGAGCGUGGUGGACAUGCGCUACAUGGUGUACUGCAAUUUCCUGGCCUGCGUGCUGCCGCCGCUGCUGCUGAUGCUGGGGGUGUAUGCGCAGAUCUUCAGUGUGGCGCGCGCGCAGCUGCAGCGCAUGGAGCUGAAGCGCGGGGGGGCCGGGGGGGCCGGGGGGGCCACGAGCUCGUCCAGCCUGCUGCAGCACCAGGUCCACGCUGCCAAGUCGCUCGCCAUCAUCGUGGGCCUGUUCGCCCUCUGCUGGCUGCCCGUGCACGUGCUCAACUGCCUGACGCUCUUCUGUGCCCGGCUGCACAAGCCGCCGGCUGUCAUGUACAUGGCCAUCGUCCUCUCCCACGCCAACUCGGCCGUCAACCCCGCCAUCUACGCCUACCGCAUCCAGGACUUCAGGGAGACCUUCCGCAGGAUCCUCUUCCGGCACUUCCAGUGCAGGAGGGGCGAGCUGUACGCGGGCUCCAGCAGCACACACAGCACAGACCCCGCCUGCUUCCACUAGGGCCCAGCAGGGGGCAGCGGCACACACAGCACAGACCCCGCCUGCUUCCACUAGGGCCCAGCAGGGGGCAGCGGCACACACAGCACAGACCCCGCCUGCUUCCACUAGGACCCAGCAGGGGGCAGUGGCACACACAGCACAGACCCCGCCUACUUCCACUAGGGCCCAGCAGGGGG